GUUGUUGUAUAGUGUAGUGAAUGUCUGAAUGUAAUGACUGAAUGACUGCAACAAACCUUUUCCGUUGCCUAACAUGUAGUGACUUUCUCAUGAAACACUAAAUGAUGGAUAAUUUGGACAAUUGUUUGGAUAAUAAUGACUGCGAUGUCAGGAUUGAACAGCAAUUGCGGAUCAAAAUCGGUGAGGCCAAGAACUUAAUGCCAAGAAAUGGCUCCAACGGGUCCAGUGGUUUGCGGGACUGUUAUUGUGUGAUUAGUCUGGACAGGGAGCAGAUAUAUCGGACAUGUAGUACAGUUGAGCGGACAAACAAUCCAUUCUUUGGCGAAGAGUUUCAGUUUGAAAUUCCUCGAAGGUUUCGAAAUUUAGCCAUUUAUUUGUAUGAUAGGGAAAGAUCUGUCAAUAAUAAAGACAAAGUGAUGGGCAAAGUGUCCAUUAAGAGGGACGACCUCUCAAAAUACCACAACAAAGAGUCCUGGUUCCCCAUUAUACCGGUUGACCCCGACUCGGAAGUUCAGGGCAAAAUUCAUUUAGACAUCAAAUUAGACCAGUGUUUCAAACCCGGUGCUCAUCAAACACAACCUAAAGUUGCCGUUCGUGUCAUCGACUGCAAUGAUCUCGGAGUCAUCAACGGUUGUUGUGAUCCCUAUGUAAUCGUCUCGCUAUACAACGGCCCCAUCAGACAAGAGGCCAAACGAACCAAAAUCAAGAAAAAGACGGUUAACCCACACUUCGAUGAAAUUCUCUAUUUUGAUAUUCCAAUUCGAGGCCAAAAUCAUGACAGGAAUUCAGUCCGAAGUCUUAAUAACGUGAAUAUCAUUAAUAAUAAUAGUCUAGAAUUGAGAAUAUCAGUGAUGCACGACGGGAACGGUAUGUUUGGCAGCGCUUUUCUCGGAGAAGUAAAAAUACCGCUCAAUGAUAUCGAUCUGAGCGGACACAACGCCUGGUAUUUAUUACAACCGCGAGAUACCGGACGCACCGAUGACCGGACGGCCACCGAAUUGGGUUCACUUCGCCUCAAAAUCCACUACACGUUUGAUUAUGUGUUUUCUAGUCGUUUCUAUGAAACACUCAGAAAAUUAAUACUUAUUUCGCCAGAAAUUAAACCAAUCAGUUCGAGCACUGCCUACAUAUUGGGUGAACUGGUAUCCAACAAAGUAGAUGCGGCACAACCUCUGGUCAAGAUUUUCAUGCAUUACAAAAAGAUCAUCCCUUUAAUCAAAGUGUUAGCUGAGGCAGAGAUAUCCAAAGUGACUGAUGUAAAUACAAUAUUCCGAGGAAAUUCGUUGGUAUCAAAAUGCAUGGAUGAGUUGAUGAAAAUAGUAGGCAUUCGGUAUCUUCACGAAACUCUUCAAUCGACAAUAGAACAGGUGUUGAGUGAACACAAGACAUGUGAAGUAGAUCCGAGUCGUUUUAAAGACGGCGAAUCAUUGGCUACUAAUAUGUCAAAUCUGAAGACAUACAUAUCCAAUACGUUCCGAUCCAUAACCUCAUCAGCGCUCAGAUGUCCACAACUGAUGUGUGAAAUAUUUUCUGUCCUCAAAGAGUUGGCCAUAAAAUACUUUCCCGAGAGUCGAGAAGUUUGUUAUUAUGUUAUCUCUGGUUUCGUAUUUUUGCGGUUCUUCGCGCCCGCAAUACUUAACCCAAAACUCUUUGAAAUAACAGAUCAACAGAUUGACUCGCAAACGAACCGCACAUUAACUUUGAUAUCAAAGACAAUACAAAGUAUUGGAAAUCUUGUCAGUUCUAAAUGUACUAAUCAAGUGAUUAAAGAAGAAUAUAUGAUCACACUUUACAAAGAAUUUCUGACCGAACAACACAUCGAAUCAACAAAAGUGUUCUUGGAAUUGAUAUCUUCGUCGACAACUUUAUCCGUCCCCAGAGUUAAUGAACUGCCGGUCCUUUUGAAAGAGAGCGUAAUGACUAAAAGAGCUCAGGGAAGGCGACGGAUUGGCAUCGGUUUCCGAAACUUUAAGAAACGAUACUUUUGUCUAAACACUCAACACUUCUUCUACUCAAAAGCUAAGAACAAAAGACCUCUUUGUCGGAUACCCAUCAAUGAGAUACUGGCCGUCGAGAAACUACAGGAACAGAGUUUCAAAAUGAAAAACAUGUUUCAAGUGGUCCGCAAAGACAGAGCCCUUUAUAUUCAGGCGAGUAAUUGUGUCGAAGAGAAGGAAUGGAUCGAUAUAUUGACGAAAGUGUGUCAAACAAAUCGCAACCGUCUCAAGGAAUACCAUCCCUCAGCUUUCAUUAGCGGCCAAUGGCUUUGCUGCAAAGCAACCAAUGAGAACACAUCGGGAUGUUGUCCGGUGUCGGUGACAUCCCUGCCCCCGGAUCUGGGGGUUCACAUCGAUCCCGAUCGAGAGAUUGAACGAAUUCAUACGAUAUUCUUGCAGAAUAUGGAGAGUUUGGAGACUUUGAUAGAGUUGUGCGAAAAACAACAUUUACAGCAUUCGUGUCGAAUGAACCCACAAUACAACCGAAUGCCUCACUUUGUCAUAGAGGACAGGCAUUCCUUAUGGGAAACACUCAAAGAGUUACGACAAUGUGUUAUAAGACUCGAACAAAACCACAAACAAUACAUGAGAAGUGUUUGCGUCCGUACUAUCUAUGGGUCAGAACAGGCGCCUAUAGGCGACGACAACUACCUUCUCAUGUUAGCCAAACACUGCACCACUUAAUCACUUAAUUUAUUUUAUACUCAAUUCUCACAAAUCAUUACAGAAUUACAAUUUGCUAAACAUAUG